GAAGACUGGCAGGCAGAACAGUGUCAUCUCUUCCCUGUCUAGUAUCAGAGGGCAGCAGGGUUAUGCCAGGUGACAGCUACUGAGGCUCAGGCAAGACACAGAAGUGAAACUUCAAAAAAGAAACAACAGGAGACCAUUUCUGUAUUACGGAACAGGACAGCUGCUAAGAUGGAGACACUCCAGGUUGACAUGGAAACACAUUAUGCUGAAGUGGUUAUAGAUGUGGAAAGCAUCAUUUUGGGGGAGGAGGAUAGGAAGAACAUGACCAACAGUCAUUUGAAAAGGACACAGAAUUCUAAAAUCAUCCAAGCCGUAUGUGCACUGUUAAAUUCAGGCGGGGGAAUCGUCAGAGCCGAGAUUUUUAAUAGAAGCUAUAAUUACCAAUGUGAUGGAGUUGGUCAAGAUUUGGAAACAUCCUUUCAGAAGCUUCUGCCUUUGGCUUCACAGGAGUUCCUUGACUAUUUGCAACAAGAUCACAAUCUUUUCAUUUUUGUGAAACCCUGGAUCAUGAAGGCUGCUGGACCCCAACUACGAAUCUGUAGUUUAUCGUCAAAUAUCUUCCAAAGAGAUAUAACUUGUACUGUCAACCUGACUGCAAGCAGGGCAUUAGAACUUCUAAAGGAGAAACAAUCAAAAAUCCAAAGAGGAAGAGAAAAUCUUCCAAUGUGGCAUCCCAAGAAAGUUCUUGUGAGCAAAAUUCAGGAAGAAGAAAACAUAAGAUUGUUUGCCUCAGAAUUUUUUGAAAAAGAUCAGCUUUUGUACAAAGAAAAACUCAACUUUACUGAGUCAACUCAUGUUGAAUUGAAAAGGUUCACAACCAAAAAGAUUGUACCCAGAAUCAAAGAGAUGCUGCCUCGUUAUGUUUCUGCAUUUGCAAAUACCAAAGGAGGAUACUUAAUUUUCGGGGUGGAUGAUAAGACCAAUGAAGUAUUUGGAUGCAAAAGAGACAAGGUGAACCCUGUCAUACUAGAAAAGGAGAUAGAAUAUUGCAUACAAAAACUGCCUAUAUUCCAUUUUUGCUCUCUGAAGCCAAAGAUUAAUUUCACAACUAAAAUCAUCGAUGUGUAUGAUAACAAUAACCUAUGUGGUUAUGUCUGUGUGGUCAAAGUAGAGCCCCUCUGCUGUGUUGUUUUUACAGAAGCCCCAAAUUCCUGGAUCGUGAGAAAUAACUUUGUUGAAAGACUGAAAACUGAGGAAUGGGUAUCCAGGUUAAUGGAUAUUGAUCCAGUUCAUCUCACUUUGGCUCAAGACAAUAACCAGUCAGCGAUUGAUCCACUGGGCAGAUCAACAUGUUCAGAACAAGCCUGGCUACAUAAGGGGACACUGCAGCAAAGUUUGCUUUCAGUGACCCCACAGCAGAUAGGAUUCAAACCAGAAUCUCUCUGCAAGGAGCUAUUCUCAGAGUAUAAUGGAUUAGAGAAGUUAAUGAAGAAGAAGACCUGUCAGUUUUCUCAGGGGAUCCUGAUAUUUUCAAGGAGCUGGGCUAUUGACAUCGGCUUAAGAAAGGAUGAUAGAGUCCUGUGUGAUGCUCUCCUCAUCGCUGUUAACAGCCCCCCAAUACUUUAUACCAUUAUCAGGGGAUCUGAUAAGAUGGAUGGGCUUGAAUAUUCCAGACACACUGCUCUCCAACUAAAGCAGAAACUUGUCAAUGUAGGGAAUUACACUGGAAAAGUGUGCAUCAUUCCCCAGCUCUUGCAUCUGCCUGACCUUCUGUGUGGGAUCAUGCAAGUACCAUACCCCCAAUCCUAUGUUCUUACUACAGAAUAUGAAUUGGAAGAUUUACUGCAAUCACUUGUAAUAGUCUUGCUCUGCUUUACCUCUCUUUUAAGUGACCAGCUUGGAUGUCAAUUUUUGAAACUGCUUGUAGCCGAACAAUCUAAGCUGCUUUCACAAAGCCUUCAGAAAACCAGAGAAUUAUUUAUCCUUUGCUUACCAGGAACCCGGAAAACUGCUAUGGUCAUCAAAAUUCUGGAAGAGAUUAGGAGCGUAUUUCACUGUGAAGCAAAAGAAAUUCUCUACCUUUGUGAAAAUGACCCUCUAAGAGAAUUUGUAAGUCAGCAAAGUACCUGCCAAGCAGAGACCAGGAAAACUUUCAUGAGAAGAGAUUUCCCGAAGAUUAAACAUAUAGUAAUAGAUGAAGCUCAGAAUUUCCACGGUGAAGGUGGAGAUUGGUACACAAAAGCUAAGAACAUCACGCAUCCAAAAAAUGAUGAGGCUGGAAGGAGGAACCCUCACCAAGGAAUUUUAUGGCUCUUUAUAGACUCUUUUCAAGCAAGUCAUUUGGGAGUCAGUGGUCUUCCACUUUCAUUAAUGCAAUAUCCAAGAAAAAACCUCACUCGUGAGAUCUAUAAUGCUUUAGAAAUAGCGAUGAUCAUGAAACAAGAAAUGAAGAAGAUCAAAGAAAACCAACAUGGACACGUGGCUCCUGAGUCAUUAGCAUUAUUUAGGGAAGAUAUGUAUGAGGAUGCUAUCCAUGAUUAUACUCUACCUGGAGUGUGUGAAAUAGAAAGAGAUCUGACGGAGGAUGAAUUGGCAAAUUAUGUAGCAAGCAGAUGUCAAAGUCUCUUCCAGAAUGGCUAUUCUCCUAAAGAUAUUGCCAUUUUGUAUAGUAGGAAUGAGGACCGAGAACAUUAUGAACUUCUUCUUCAAACAACGAUGAAAUCGAUCAAGACUCACAGAAUAGCAGAAGUUGAAUUGAGCAGGGCAUCUGAUAUUUUGGGUAAUUCUAUCAUUCUAGACAGUAUUCAACAGUUUUCAGGCUUGGAGAGAAAUAUAGUGUUUGGUCUUAUUCCAGUCUAUUCUGGGUCUGAGGUUCCUCACAAUCUCUUGCUUUGCUGUGCAUCCAAAGCUAUUAAGCAUCUAUAUGUGCUAUAUGAAAAGAAGGAGGAUCUAUGAAAAAUAUUAUAAAUUAUCCAGAAAUUAAGGUUUAUUCAAACUGUUUGUUUAGGGAGAUAAGAGAUAUUAUGCUUCUUGCUUUAUAAAUGAAGAAGAAGCAACAAACUAUCAAAGUUGGCAAAUCAUUGAUGGAGCUAGAAAUUAAAUUAGAUCUUUCCAAUUUGUUUCUUUGUUUAUGAAAUUAUAUCACUUUCAUACCAUUUCACCCAGAAUACUUCCGUAGUUUAAUUUAGAAAUUUAGGGAUCACCACUCAAAUUCAAACUCUUUAUUUUGCAUAUGAAGAAAAAAACCCCAGAGAGUUGAAAUGAUUUGCUCAGAAUCCCAGAGUUAGUUACUGAGAGAUCUUCACUUAAGCUAUGUUUGGAAUAGAGACUCCUGGGUCAGACCACAUCAGGAAUAGAGUGUUUAAUAUAGUGUUUAACUCAGGGUACUAUGUUUAAUCAAAAAGAUUAAAACCAGGAUGGCAAAGGGCUUUAAGAUAAUGUCAUUAGAUAAUUAGAUAAUAAAAUAAUAGGUAAUUAGAUAGUGAAAUGGAGAGAGCACCUGCCCUUCAGACAGGAGGACCUGAGUUCAAAUCCAGACUCAUAUGCUUAACACUUACUAGCUGCAUGAUUCUGGGCAAGCCACUUAACCUCAAUUGCCUUGCAAAAAAAGAGAGAAUGUCAUAACCUGCAUUAAGUCUAUUCUAAGGCCUCCCAUCAUUUGUCUCCAUUUUCCUUGCACCGUUUGCUUUGUAUACACCUUGUUAUAUAUUUCCUGUUUAUUUAUCUCACAUGGUUCCUCCCAAUGGAAUGUAAGCUCUUUGAAAGCAGGUUCUAUUUAAUUUUUGAUUCUGUAUCCCUGGUCUAUAAGAGGUGCUGCAUAAAUUUUUUAAAUAAAUGAAUGAAUGUACUUAGAAGGAUGAAUUGGAAGAACUGGGGAUGAUUAACCUGAAGAAUAUAAAAGGGGCAUAUGAUAGCAACAAGCAAGUGUUUGAAGGAUAAUCACAUAAAAGAGGGCUUAGAUGUGCUUUCCUUGAUCUGGGAGGGAAGAACUAGAAAUAACUGGUGAAACUACAGAGAAAAAAUUUCAUUUCAAGUAAGCUAGACAGAGCUGGGAACAAACUGGGGAUGGAUAUAUAAAACUGGGGGUAUAUGCAUGGAAAUUAUAUUUAAACCCAUGAGAUCUGAGAAGGUUAUCAAGAGAAAAGGUGUGGAAGAGAAUAGAAUAAAGACCAAGAGAAAGCCUUGGGAAAUUCCCCACCAUAGGACUUAAAUACGAAUCUUGAACCAUCAAUGGAAGCCGAGGAAGAUCAGUCAGUUGAGUAAUAGUGAAAAACCCAGAGAGGAGAGACCUUAGUCAACAAUACCAAAUCCUGAAAGCGAUACCCCUGAGGGACUUUAGGUGUGCCAGAUAAGGGUCUCCAAAGCCUGUGGUACAAAGGGAGGCUUUAGGGAGCAAAGGGCAGCAUUUUGAGCAGCAAAUAUACUUAACAGGAUAGGAUUUCUGGAAAGCUUUUCCCCCUUGGAGCUGAGGAGAAUUAUUCUCCAGAAAAAGCUUAUAGCCCAGUAGAAAGUAAUAUCCAGGAAGGCAAGGACUUUAAUUUUUGUCUUUGAAUCUCCAACACCUAGUAUAAAGUCUAGCAUACAGCAGGAGCUUAAUAAAUGCUUGUUGAAUUGAAUGGAAUUAGCAAAUGAAUAACUGCCCUCUGGUGGAACAAGAGCAGAACUUCAGGAAGUAAUGCUGCACAGAACGAAGACCAAUAAAUGAGUUCCAUCUGCUGGGUGUUAUAGAGAACUGCAGAAAGCUUGGCUAAAGUAACACAAGACAGAAAAAGAACCCAUGAUGGGAAAUCCAGUGGUGUGUGAGGUGAGACAACCUUUUGAGUUUCAUUGACAUUGCCAACAUUUUAUCCAUCACUCUCUUAAGUCUAAACAAAAAUAAAGUUUGCAUCAUUUGCUUAUUUCUGAAGAAUAAGUGCUUAUCCUGAAAAUUUAACCAUUGGAGCUGGCUCCCGUAUACCACUGGAGAGAAACAACCAAAGAACUUUGUUGAAGCCAGUGAAAGAAAAGCAACACUGUGCAUGCAGCGGAUUUUGAAGAGGGACAUCACUGAGGAAGAAUAACCCCUAAAUAUCCUGAAUUAGAACCCUACCCUCCAUUGUAAGUGACUAAACCCACACUUCUGGAUAGAGGGAUGCACAUUGGUGUGCAAAUGAUUUAUUGCGGAUUAUAACAUGAUCUUUGUUUCCCGCAAUUUCUAAACAAAUUGAUCAUGUUUUGAGCCUUGUGGACCUGUAUGCUUGUAAGAGAAAUAGUGACUAUUUCCUGAGGUAGAAAGAAGGUAAAGCUUCUAAAAUGUUGGCAAUGGACCAGAGGAAUGAAAAGUCUCACAGAAUACAGCUAGGCUCUUUGUAUUAGGAAGCAUAUCAGGAACAUUAGCUCAGCUCCUCCUACAUAGCAGGGAUCUGACCAAGUUUAUGUCCAGAUGCUAUAGGACAUCUAGAAGCUAGAUUAGGAGCUCCUAAUAGAAGCUAGAUUAACCUGAGUCUUAGUUGUCCCUGGAUUGAAUUCCCAAAAGUCACUUCCAAAAGUUGCUCCUUGGUCUUUAAGGCAUAAAUGUUGCUUUGGCUGUAAAUCUGGAGCCCUCUGCACUUUUUAAACUUGUAAGAUCUUUCUUUCCCUUUACCAGUUUCUGAGCUUUCUCUAAAUGUAACUUAAUCUGACAGGACUAACCCUCUGCUUCAAAUCAAAGAGCCUUCUCUUCAACAAAUGAUUAACUGAUUGAAAUCCGUUACCCAAUGUCUAUAAAUGCUUCACAAUUGAUCUCUACGUAUCAUAACAAUUCUCCCAGAAGCAGCUUCCUAGGGUCCACUAUGUAGAGAAGCCAUUUUAGUAAGUUAACAAGGUCUGGAAAUGUGUCAGACCCCCAUUACAUUAUGAUCCGGUGAAAUCUAUGAUCCAGGUGUGUAGAAAAACCUUUCCUACUAUACUGUUUCCUUCAUGAAUAUUUCUGGGAAUGGAGAUUUAAUAAAAAAAAAUCCCCCCAGAAAAACUGUAACUAAAUAAGCAAGCAAAAUGGAGAAUGAAGGAUCUUUAAUCACAAACAUAGAUGAAUGAUAUAGAAAAAAUAGCAAAGCUUUUGUUUUCCAGAACUUGUUUAAUAUGAAGGAUAUAGACAAAAGAAUAUUGACGAGUACAAAUAUUUAAGCAUAUUUUAAAAACAAAAGAAAAAUCUAGAAUAAUUGCACACCGUAUAGCACAGCUGUGGUAUUGUUGGGGUUUUUUUUUUUAACCAGUUAAUGAAAGCCACAAAAGAUGGGUACAUUGAUAUAACAAGGUAGUAACAAAAUUAUCCCAUGUUUUCUAUUGAAAGCACAUAUAAUGCUACAUCAUUAUCUACAUAGUGAUAAUCAGUGUAUAUUAUUUGUGUUUUUUUCACUUCAUGUCAGUUUUCUAGUAUUUCUUUGAAUUCAUUAAAAUGAAUGAAUGAAAAAACAUUGAUUAUGCAGUGAUUCAAGACAAUUCCAACAGAC